AUGUCCUCUUACCGCAAAACUGCCACACUGACGCGAAGCACUCCGAACCUCAUUCCUGUGAUCUACGAUGAGGUCGCUGUCAGUUCAGACGAGGAUUGGGGCACCAACGCCAACUGGCACGAGGUCAAUGUCUACAACGCUGUCCAACACAUCAUCGCGCGAGCCUCCAAUCGAGUCUUCGUUGGGCAGGAGUUGUGCCGCAACGAAGAGAUGUUGAAGGUCGCCCAGAGGUGGUCAGUGCUCUUCCCUAUUUCCGGGAUGAUUCUCAGACAGAUUCCGGAGCUCUUGCGGCCAUUGGUAGCGCCGUUGAUCACUUCACCCAAUCACUGGUACGCGCGACGCUUCAUCAAAUACUUGAAGCCGGAGAUUCUGCGACGGCAAAGUGCCACCGCUGCAGAUUCGAAAGAGAAGCCAAACGACUUUAUGCAGUGGACGAUCGAUGCUGCCGAGCGCUCUGAUCUCGAAGCAGAGAGGUCUCCCAGAAUCAUCGCUCUGCGGAUUUUGGCCACCAUAUUCGGCACGAUACAUACGAGCACCUUCAUAACCUCCAACAUCGUCCUCGAUCUAGCGAGUUGCGACCCGGAAAACCUUUCAGAAAUCAGACAGGAGAUCAGGGACGCUCUGGUCAACAACGACAACAAGUGGGACAAAUCUCUCGUGCAACGCCUUGUCAAGCUCGACAGCAGCAUGCGAGAAUCUGCUCGGCUCCGGACUUUCACUUUGACAAACGUCUUGCGCCGUGUGGUCAAUCCCAAGGGGCUUGUGACACCAGAUGGAGCCAAGCUGCCAUACGGCGCACUCAUCGGUCUCCCGACGAUGGGCAUUCACAACGACGAGGACAUCUACAAGGACGCAGCCAAUGAGAAGCCGACAGGCAAGUCCGGCAGCAAUAAUGCGGGUGGUCGCUCAUUUGUGUCUGUGUCGCCGAAGUACCAUCCGUUUGGACUGGGUCGCCAUGCUUGUCCUGGUCGGUUCUUUGCAUCUGCUGAGUUAAGGCUAUUGCUGGCGUAUUUGGUACUCAACUACGACAUUGAGCAUCAGCCUGAGCGGGUAGCACCGCAGUACGUGGGGACUGUGCUGUUGCCGCCGUCGAAGGCGACGGUCAGGGUGAGGCGGAUUGCGAAGUAA